CUGAGCAAUGCCUGUGCCUCCUCCUCCACCUCCCCAGCCACCACCCCCACCUCCACCUCCUGCAGCUCCUGCACCUCCUGCACAAUCACGGACAGAGCCUCUUAAAAUCCAGCAUUCUGAGGGUGGAGGUCGCAGUGCGCUCCUGUCUGACAUUCAGAAGGGGGCGAGGCUGAAAAAGGUCACACAGGUCAAUGACCGGAGUGGACCAAUCCUUGACAAGCCCAAAGUGAACAGUGUGGAUGACAGUGGAAGAAAUGUGGCUGCUGGAAACUUUACAAGCGCAGCAGGAUCUGCUUCAUCUGCAGUGGGUCCAACUCUGGGUGGACUGUUUGCUGGGGGAUUUCCUGUCCUCAAACCGGUUGGACAAAGAGACAAGCAGCCACAUCACAACCCGGUGUCUCGCUCUGGCUCUACUGCCAGCCUGAAACAGCCUCUCUGGAAUCCUCCAUCACAGGGAGACGGGUUCAGAGGAAGCGCCCCUGAUCUUUCCCCCUCCCACAAACCUUUGGAAAGAGCCUCCUCACUGUCUAAAACUCGGCCUGUUUCCUCAUACACGGCCCCUCCCUCCCCAAGCCAAGCUUCACAGCUUUUCAAACCGUCCUCUAUUCCUCCUUCCUCUGCUCCUCCACCUCCUCCUCAGGAGCGGCCCAAUAACCGACCACCUCCUCUCCCCACCUGCCCCCCACCCCCUCCUCCUCAAACUGCCAAACCAACUUGGUUACCCGUCCAAUCACACUCUAUUCCCAUGCCUACGACACCGCCUCCUCCACUUCCUGCCUCUGUUCCUGCAUUCUCACUUCCUGACAGAUCAUCUGGAGUUUUCUACCCUCCACCCCCUCCACCGCCUCCAUCAAUCCCUCCAUCCUCUCUCCCUGAUAGGUCAUCUGGGGUCUUCUAUCCUCCGCCCCCUCCACCACCUCCAUCAGUCCCUCCAUCCUAUCUCCAUGAUAGGUCAUCUGGGGUCUUCUACCCUCCACCUCCUCCUCCACCACAUCCAUCCUCGCUUCCUAACAGAUCAUCUGGAGUCUUCUUCCCUCCACCCCCUUGUCCGGGGCCAUUAGAAAUAAAGGACAGUCCUUUAGGGCCUCCUCCUCCACCUCCUCCUCCUCUUCCUGCUUCAUUUGCAUGCAGUCACCCCUCCUCAGCUCCUCCUCUGCUACCUCAGAAAGUACCUCCCGUGCCUUCACCCACAUACAGGCCCAGCGUACCACCUUUGCCACCAUCUUACCCCUGUACCGCCCCCAGUAGACGACCCCCUGCAGUGCCACGUUUUGCAGGUGCUCCACGGAUGGCUCCACCCCCUGCUCCGCCCGCUCGGUCUCCUAACACUGAACUCUCCAGCAGGAUCCCACCCCCUCCUCCUCUCCCUCUCUCAGCUCCGCCCAACUCAGUACGCAACGGACACCUGCACAGCUUAGAUGACUUUGAAUCGAAGUUUCACUUCCAUCCUAUUGAGGACUUCCCCCCUCCUGAAGAGUUCAGGCCCUUCCCACGUACCUACCCCAGCAAGGAGAACAGAGUCAACCCACAACCUCCGGCCAUGAGAACUCAUUUAAGAUGAAAUGGGACAGUAUGAAGUAUGGUGCUAACCUUUUGUAGGACAUGUUUUAAGCAUCAUCAUCGUCAGUGAAGAACAGCAGCCAAAUCUGCAGGUCAAAUCACCUCACUCAAGCACAACUUUAUCGAUCUCAACUGCAUUAUCUAAAAAAAACAUUCUAGUUUGAUGUAAUACUAAUGUUUCAUCCGCAUUUCAAGAAAGAGUUCCCCUAUUACAGCUGCAGCCACGUUAAAACUCCUGAUUCUUAUAAAAAAAGUGUUACCUAAUUCAUUUUCCUCAAUCAAUAACUAGUGUUUUAACAUUUAAUAUGUUUUUGAAUCAAAUAUAUUAUGCUUAAUAAUUUAGCUUAUUAUACCUGAGAAGGCUUUUAUUAUUUAUCCUCUCGGCUUUUAACAUAGCCAUAAUGGACUAAAAGAGCAACUUGUUAGACUACUAACAGAAUAGAAAUGAGAAACAAAUGGAGAUUAAAACAUGGCUUAACUAAAUAUGGCAAGUCUUGCAGUCAUUACCGUUUCAAAUAAAGGGCAUUAAGUUUUUGUAAAAGGGAAGACAGUUAACCACUAAGAAACCGUGUUUUAGGCUUAAGACAUUUCUAAAACUAACACAAAUGAGUUCAUUAGACAAUAUUGUUUGUUAUUCUUGUGGCUGCUGGAGCCCUUUGUUACUAAUUCUUCAUCUAACUCAAAGAAAGAAAAUAUACUCUUUGUUUUUACGCAUCCUGUGUUUCAUUGUUAAAUCUAUCUGUAUUUGAAAUCUGUGCCAGUAUGAAAUGCUGUAUUAAAAGCUCAGAAUCAAGAGGAAGGACACAUGUGACACUCAGAAACAGUGCCACCCACUGGACAUGCUUGCAAUUUAUUGCUCUGACUGAAUAAAAUCAUCAUUUAACCCAAA